CCUCACUCGUCAACCCAAGACGAAUACUAUAGUGACGAGAAGAGCCCUUGCCCAAGCUGCAAUAUUUGACGAGUUGGGAAUGAGAACGUGUUGUUUAAAGAAGCUCGUCUGGUGCUAUUUUAGGCCUUGGCUGCCGUUUAUGACUCGCGAGGGAGACAUAAUUUCGCUAUGUCAUUCUACCCAAGUGACGCCACAGCUCUACUGAGAGGGCUUUUCUGUGCAGAAGUCGAAAGAGUUAAUGCCCACGGCGCUUCUUAUUGGACGAGGGAUGAGUUUAGCGAGUGAAUGAGAGAAAGCGAAAGGAGGGAACGAGAAUCCGAGAGGUAGAUUCAGUAAACACUCAACCCAGACAGAAAGGGAUGCGAGCAGCACUCAGUCGCUAACAGAGACGGGACGCUGUCUCUCUGCCCGGAAGAGAAAAGAGGAACCAGGUCAAAUAGAUACAAACAUGAUAAUUUUUUCCUGUUCGAAAAGUGCUUGUGAAUCGGAUGGGACGCGUGACGUCUGAACUCCGGGGUAACGUACAAACGCAAGAGAAAACACAGGCUUAAGUAGCUAGCACGCUAGCUAAAUGGAUAUCAGAAGAACUUCGCCGGGCGCGGCCAGCAAUGUCGUGAUUUUGUCGGAGAAUUUAAUUGCUUUUCGUAUGCGGUGAAAGGGAGACCGACGGAGACGCUCAGGGGAGGGCGAAGCGGCGAGAAGCAUGGCUUUACUGUACUCUUUUCGUCUCCUGUCUGUAAGAACGACGAGGACGCUUAUAAUAUUUGGGUGUCUCUUCUUGGUAACAAGAGGAGUGGACCGGAAUAUGCCAACAGCAGACAGUUCGCUGUCAUAUAACAGCAACGUGACGGCCGGGGGCGACAGGCGGUACAUACGCAUCGGCGACGGAUCCUCGCAGGAAUUUGAAUUUCCCGAAAACACCAAGGGAGUGAUAGUAAUCUCGAGCCGCUACCGGAGUAUUGUGGGCAGGGAUUCGGGCCACAGUGAGAGUUGGAGGCAGACCGUGAGCGUGCGAUCUCUGGACCCGGAGGUCCUGUCUAUUCUUAACGUGAGCGACAGUGGGCGCGAGGGCCCGUCCACGAGGAGCUACGUUAUUGGCAUCAGGUCUGGCAUGCCUGGAAGAGCAAGGCUUCUGGUUCAGCUACUGGACAUGGACCAAGACUCACGGCCAAUUCUGGUGGAGGAGAGAUCCGACUUCUCCAUCAGGGUUUCCCCCGGCGUCAACGACCCGGCUGCCCAGCUGGUCCAGUCCGGCGGGCUGUCACACUUUUCCGAAAACCCUGUCCUGUUUGCCUUGCUGCCACUCAUCUUCAUCAACAAGUGUGCCUUCGGCUGCAAGGUGGACGUGGAGGUUCUGAGAUCGCUUGCCCGUCGGCCGGCACCCGUGCUCCUGGGCGUGGCUGGCCAGUUCCUGGUAAUGCCUCUGUAUGCCUACUUCCUGUCCUGGCUGGUGUCCUUGCCCCAACCGCUGGCCUUGGGGCUGGUCAUCACCUGCUCCGCCCCGGGGGGAGGGGGCGGGUACCUCUACAGCCUGCUGCUGGGCGGCGACGUCACCCUCGCCAUAUCCAUGACGCUGAUCUCCACGGUGGUCGCCGUGGCGAUGAUGCCCCUCUCCUCCGCCCUGUACGGGCGGCUGCUGGGCGUCCACGCCGCCCUCCACGUGCCCUUCGUCAAGAUCCUGGGCACCCUCCUCUUCAUCGCCAUCCCCAUCUCGCUGGGCGUUGCGGUGAAGCUGCGGCUGCCCAGGCUGAGCCGCGCCCUCCUGGCGCUGAUCCGCCCCUUCAGCUUCGUGCUGAUCGUGGGCGGGGUCUUCGUGGCCUACCAGAUGGGGGCGUCCAUCCUGGCGCACGUGCGGCCGCAGAUCGUGGUGGCGGGCGUGAGCGUGCCCGUCUUCGGCCUCCUGCUGGGCUACGCCAUGGCCCGGGGGGCGGGGCUGGCCCCUCCCCACCGCAGGACGGUGGCCAUCGAGGUGGGCGUGCAGAACAGCCUCCUGGCGCUGGCCGUCAUGCAGCUGUCCUUCCGCCGGUCCGAGGCAGACUACGCCUCGCAGGCGUCCUUCAUCGUGGCGCUCAGCAGCACCUCCGAGAUGCUCCUCCUCGUCCUCGCCCACAUCGCCCGCCGGAGGCUGGGCUCCGCCUCCCUGACGGACACCUGAGUCCGCCCCCCGGGCCUUGACAGACGCGUGGGUACAGACGCGCGCAUCUACUGCUCAGAACUGUGAAGAAAGUAUUUUUUUUGUCUUGAAACCAAAGGCCUUUUUCUCCUUUUCUGAGUCUAAUGUUUUCAUUACUACUGAAAUGUGUCCUGUGUUACGUACACACAAGGGAGAGACAUGCUUAUAAAUUGCUGAUAUUUUUCUACCAGACUUGCUUUUUCUAAAUUAAAAUGAUUAAUAUUUGUGUCCUGUUUACAGAGAUCUGUCUGUCCCAGAAAUAGGGCUGGGAAGUGACGUUGGAUGUUUCUGGACUGAAAAGGUGAUCUACAUACUUGAAUAAUGACUAAAGAGAUUAAAACUUGGAACAGUUAGGCUGGAACUGUGUGUCAAGCGAGGGAAACUAAAGCACAAAGAGUCAGUAUCGCCUCUGUGAGAAAGGCGCAGAGGUCAUUUGUCUUAUCGCAUUCACCAUGAUAAUCCCACCCACCAAGGUCAGCGUCAUUUGUAGCUUGUAAUUCUGAAUGCGAGACGAAUCUUUACCGUUCGGUUCUGAGCACAACCGAAAGUGUUAUACUGCAGUGCUGCGUGUUUUGGGUGCUUUCAUAGUAUUCUGGACUGGUUAGGAUUGAAUGAUGUGCUACUUACUGUGGUUGGGUAUUGACCAACUUUCACAAUUUCUCCAGUAUUUUGGUACCUCAUUUCACCAUUUGUAAUUUAAAAAGUGAAAUAAAAACAUUGAACGAAAUCGCUGAAAAUGCCAUUGGAAACAUAGCAUGAAA